AUGAGUUCCAGGCACUCAAAGCUCCACGUAUUCCUGCACCUCCUCUUAUACUUCUGCAUCAUCGUCCGCACUGAAAAUAUCAGCAGCAACACUGCCGGCGCCGGGUCAUCAUCAUGCUCUCCGCCCGACGCUGCCGCGCUGCUCCAGCUAAAGCAAUCCUUCGUCGACCCCAAGGACCUCACGUCAUGGCGAGCCAAGACGGACUGCUGCCUUUGGGAAGCCGUCGCCUGUGACGCGACCUCAGGCUCAGGGCGGGUGAUCGCGUUGGAUCUAGGAGGCCGGAACCUGCGGAGCCGCCGGGGCCUUCACCCCGCGCUCUUCGACCUCACCUCUCUGAGGAACCUCAGCCUCCGGGGCAACGACUUCAUGGGGGAGAGCCUGCCGUCCACUGGGUUCGAGCUGCUCAGCGAGAUGGUCCACCUCGACAUAGCCGACACAAAUUUCAGCGGCCAGAUCCCCAUCGGCGUAGCGCGGCUCAGCAAGCUGGUCCAUCUCUCCGCCGGGUCCGGGGGCCCCAGCAGCAGCAGGCUGGUCCUCAAGGAGCCAAGCUUUGAAACAUUGGUCGCUAAUCUCGGCAAUCUAAGAGAGCUUCGCCUUCAUGGAGUGGACAUCUCCAUCGGCGGCAGAGAGACGUGGUCCGUUGCUCUAGCAAGCUCCACACCGGACCUGCAGAUUCUGCCUCUGUCCUCCUGUGGCCUGUCUGGACCCAUCCAUCGCUCCUUCUCACGGCUCCGUUCGCUGGUCGAGAUCAGCCUCCCUAACAACAGAAUCGCUGGCAAGGUUCCUGAGUUUUUUGCUGGCUUCUCUUCCUUGAGCACCCUUGACCUGAGAGACAAUGACUUUGAAGGGCAGUUUCCGGCAAAGGUCUUUCGACUGAAAAAUCUGAAGGUCCUUUUGGUGUCCGGGAAUUCAAGGCUUUCUGGGCAUCUGGUAAGCUUUCCAGCGGAAAAUAGAUUAGAAAUGCUUGACCUGAAGGACACAAACUUUUCUGAUGGCUUGCCGGCGUCCAUUGUCAAUCUCAAGUCUUUGAGUUAUUUGACUCUUACCACAGAAGGGACUUCCAAGCACCUUCCCUUUGUAGGUAAGCUUCCAUCUUUGGGCACGUUAGUGCUCCAGGGAUCAUCAUCAGGAUUACAGAAGCCGCAGUUCUCUUGGAUUGGGGAUCUCACACAUUUGACAAGUUUGUUGAUUGACAACUACAACUUCUCUGAACCAAUACCAUCCUGGAUCGGCAAUCUUACAGAAUUGAUGUCACUGAGGCUCAGCAUGUGCAGCUUAUAUGGACCGAUACCCCCCUGGAUUGGUAACUUGACGCAGCUUUCAAGCAUAGACUUCACCGGAAAUUACCUCACUGGCAAAAUUCCGAGAAGCUUGUUCACACUUCCAAAUUUGCAAUCGCUUUCUCUCUUAUCAAAUCAACUUUCUGGCCAUUUAGAUGCCAUUGAUAACCCUUUGUCUUCACUCUUGUCUAACGUAAAUUUGGUAGAUAACAACAUUGGGGGAUCUAUGCCUCAGUCUUACACUCAGCUUCCAAGUCUUGAAGCAUUUUACCUUGGCUCAAAUAGAUUGACGGGCACAGUGAACCUAAGAUCUUUCUGGAGGCUCAAGAAUCUUUAUGCAUUGAGUCUCUCUAACAACAUGCUGACAGUGAUAGAUGAAGAAGAUGAUCCUCUCCUUUCUUCAUUACCUCACAUCAAGAUUUUGGAGCUAGCAUCUUGCAACCUUGGAAAACUUCCACGAACGUUGAGAUUUCUAGAUGGCGUUGAGACACUUGACCUCUCAAACAAUCAUAUUCAUGGGGCAAUACCAGGCUGGCUGUGGGAGACCCGGACUGGCUGCAUGAGCUAUCUAAAUCUCUCGCACAACAUGUUUACUAGCCUGGAGAAUACUCCAUCUCUUAUUCCUAUGGCAUCUCAAUAUAUCAUUGAUCUCAGUUUCAAUAGACUUCAAGGAAUCAUACCAACACCAACAGUAAAAGUAGGAUGUGAACUGAUGAGUCUGAAACCGAGUGCUAUCUUGCAUUACUCAAAUAAUUACUUCAAUGCCGUUCCACCUAACUUUGGCGAGUAUCUCAAAGAUAUAACAUAUCUCGACUUUUCGAAUAACCUACUGAAUGGUCAUAUACCAACUUCAGUUUGUAGUGCAAGAGACCUUGAAUUCCUUGACUUAUCUUACAACUACUUUAGCGGAAUGAUCCCACCAUGCUUAACACAAAAUAGCUUGAGAGUACUUAAGUUAAGAGGGAAUCUUGUUCACGGAGAACUACCUGACAAUAUCAGAGCAGGAUGUAUGCUUCAGACAAUAGAUUUGAGCAGAAAUUACAUAACUGGAAAACUGCCAAGAUCUCUGACCAACUGCCAGGAAUUAGAGCUACUUGAUGUUGGUAACAAUCAGAUCGCCGAUUUAUUUCCAUCUUGGAUGGGGGUUCUUCCAAAACUUAAAGUUCUGGUUUUGAGAUCCAACCGAUUAUUUGGCAUGAUUACAGAUCUUCAGGAGAAUGAACAAAUCAUGGGCUAUUUCUCAAGUUUGCAGAUACUUUGUUUGGCCUCCAACAACUUCUCUGGGCACCUGCCACAAGGAUGGUUCAAUGAACUGAAAUCGAUGAUGUCAAAUGAUAAUGAAGAGGGACAAGUUGUAGGGCAUCAAAUGAACACGUCACAAGGAUUCUAUCGGGAUACUGUCACUAUAACAUUUAAGGGCUUGGAUAUUAUUUUCACAAAAAUACUAACAACUUUCAAAGCCAUUGACUUCUCAAAUAAUUCAUUCGAUGGCCCCAUACCAGCAUCGAUUGGGAGGCUUUCUUCACUGCACGGAAUUAACAUGUCUCACAAUAAUUUCACAGAGCAGAUUCCAUCACAGCUUGGUAAUCUUCCUUGGCUGGAAUCGUUGGAUCUAUCAUGGAAUCAUUUUUCAGGGGAAAUCCCAGAGGAGUUAACCUCCCUUACUUCUCUUGCUUGGUUGAAUCUUUCAUACAACAACUUGACCGGUAGAAUACCACAGGGCAACCAAUUUUUGUCAUUUCCCAACAGCUCUUUCGAAGGCAAUCUUGGCCUCUGUGGAAGUCAAGUCUCUAAACAAUGUGAUAAUUCAGGUUCAGGUUCAGCUACUCAAAGAGCAUCAGAUCAUCAUGAAUCCAACAGUUUGUGGCAGGACAGAGUGGACACCAUCCUUUUGUUCACAUUUGUUGGUCUGGGGUUCGGAGUAGGUUUUGCAUUGGCAGUGAUGUUCAAUCGCUUUUGCCACAUAGAAGGAUGGGCUUGCAAGCUCUAUGGAACCCGUACAUAA